GAUAUAAUAUGCCCUCGAGGUGAGAGAGCCUACUGUACCAUGACCUUUCUAUGUCAAGUACCUACUAUCCAUACAUACUCCCUGGACCUACUACUUGCCUUUAUCUAUUGUAUCGGUACUAUACCUACCGCUUCUCUCUCUUCAGCCUACAUUAACACUACUUAGCAUUCAUUUCUAUUAUAAUAGCAACAAUUCCAUCCCAUCAUCCAGGUAAUACUAGGCUACUAUCUAAGUUACAGGUGACAAGCAAGUCGCCUCUCUUCUGCACCAGCAGCCCUUAAUCGACCAUGGACAUAAAUGUUGUUAGAUUGCCCGGGUCUGGGAGAUCUCCACGGCUAGGCCCCCGGGGAGGAUCGGACGCUGAGGACCCACGGGAUAGCGUCCAAGCUGAUAUUGAACGGCGCUUUCGAGAAAUGCCAUCUGAUGCUACGCGCAACAUGGUCAAAAAUGGCGAAGCCCACUACCCCGAAGAAGACGAGGCCUUAUUAUCAGAUGAGAUUGCUCAGGUGAUUGAGGUAAUUGACCUAACCGUGCUUGAUCAUGCCUCUACGGCGAGGGCGCCACGGAAACCUCGCGAGAAACCCGCAAAGCGCAAUCAGUCAAUAGACCCCUGCCACCGGCUAGAUAGCUACGACUAUGAGUACCAGACGCUAAAGCCUGGUGGGCUUGUCGAAAUGGAAGCAGUUGCAGAGCUACGGCAGGCGUCAUUCCUCCUCGUGCAAUCUAUCACCAACACGACAAAUGGCGUCAUACUCCGAGGUCUGCCGUUUACGCGCACAAGAAAUUUAAGGGGUCAGUUACUACGAAUCCGGAAUGAACUUGUCCUCAUGCUCGAGAUUGACCAAGAUGACCACCGAUCGGACGAGAAACAGGCGGCGAUCGAGAUACCCGUGGCUAAAGUUAAAAGAACUCGGAAUUUUCUCAUUACCAACAAGAACUUCCCAGAGCACCGGUUUCCUCAUGAGAUCUAUAAAGAUACCCAGGAGAUAGAGGAGAAAGGCGUUCUCGUUUGUCGCUGGAAGUGCAGAUCAGUUUGGAGCGAUGCUAUGAAGAGAUGCAACGGCAAGCCCCCUAUCGAGUUCGAGAUAUCGCGUAUAACGCCUGAGAAGGUGCUAAAAGAAAGAUACCGUACCCCUAGUUCUUAUUUGAUGAACGCCUGGCGGGGUGGGAAAAUUCGAGGCGGUUCAUUCAUCCCGGGUCAGCCAAACGACCUUAGAACCAUGGUAGUGGCUGUUGAGGGCCUCGAGGACCAGGAUGAUAAACUGCACGAUGAAUGGAUUCCGAGGAAGCCAGGGCAGCAAUAUGCCUUUGGUGACAUGUUUUGCGGAGCCGGAGGAGCAUCAUGUGGUGCUAGGGCUUCUGGCUUUCGUAUCACGGUGAGUUGUGACAACGCAGUUGGGGCCUGCAAUACUUACCGCGAAGAGUUUAGAGAGGCAGAUUUACACGAACAAGAUAUGUAUGACUUCAUCAUGUCAAGGCGAACCUCUACGGAACAUGUCGACGUGCUUCAUAUAUCACCACCAUGUCAGUAUUGGUCACCAGCACACACGACUCCUGGCGCAGGCGACGAAGCGAACAUUGCGAUACUAUUUGCAUGUCAUGAACUAGUUAAAGCCCUUCGCCCGCGGGUAUUCACGGUGGAACAAACGUAUGGUAUCCUCCACCCGAGAUUUGAAUACUAUUUUAAUGGCCUAAUCCACGGAUUCACUCGGUACGGCUAUUCGGUGCGAUGGAGAGUAGCUAAUCUACUUCAAUGGGGAGCGGCCUCGCAGCGGCAACGACUCAUCAUCUUCGGCUCCUGUCCCGGCGAAGAGCUCCCACCAUUCCCACCAGCUACGCACUCGAAAGAUCCAAAUCCUGAUCUGGGAACCAGACCAUAUAAGACAGUCAGGCAGAUUCUAAGAAAGAUCCCCCGAGAUGCGCCACUGUAUGAUCCCCUUCAUAAUCCACGCAAUCUCAAAGAACUCGUAGGCAAAUUACCGUGGGACCCUGACGUACCACUUUCUCGUACUAUUACCUGUGGCGGUGGCGUCGGUAAUUAUCACUACAGCGGAAAGCGGGCGUUUACGCUUCGAGAAUAUGCAUUACUACAAGGGUUCCCGCUGAACUACAACUUCCAGCGACCGAAGCAAAUGCGACAGAUCGGCAAUGCCUUUCCGCCCCUUGUAGUCCAAACGCUCUACAAGCAUCUCCGCAGGUGGCUGGAACAGCAAGAUCGCGUGUAUGCAGACGGCGAGCUCUCGGACUCUGAGAGCGAUAAUGAUAACGAUGACGACAUCCGAGACCAAGUAGAAGAAUCUGCGGACGAUAGCGAGGUCGAAUAUCUUGGAAAACUGGUGACCAACCGAAAUGAUAGCGUCCAGUACCUAGGGGGAAGAUAUUUACAACAACAAGGUAGUGAGCCACUGACUAUCAGCGACUCGGAUUCAGAGGGUGAUUCGAUGGACGUAGAUGCCGUGAGAGAAGAUGCUCACAGCCCGGAUGUUUGCAUCGAUGCAGUUCAAGCGGUGGGAAAUGACCCCUUUCACCCUAUCCGGAUUGACUGAGGGGAAUGGACUUUGGAUGAAAUCCAUCCCGUACUGAGACUAGGAUUCUAGGAUACGAGCGUCAGCCUUUAACUCAGCCAACAUGCGAGUUGUAUUAUUUGUGCUCUAUAUGAAAGGAGAUAGACUAGUCA